GGAAACGACCAGGGUCAAAAGCGGACUGGGACACUGGUCGGACCGGUGAGGGUUGAAGGUGCCGGGAUGAUAGUGAUGGUGCUCAUGACAAAGUAGUAGUAUAUCACGCUUAGAAAGAGGGAGAGGUGCGACCAGUAACACUACAGCCGUCAUACUGAGAACACCUCACAUAGACACAAGUUCAAGUUAUUAUCAUUAUUAUUAACUUAUACUAAUUUAAAGAAAAGUUAUAUAAACCCAGAUCACAGUGGAUCAUCAAUGCUAUAGCUAGCUGAUUAACUAACUAUGCCUCCUUGUGUUGCUGGACCUACUAUGGCGUUUUCUCAACAAUUUCUUCCUGUUCACAGACCAGAAUAUAACCCCUACGGUAUGCCGGGGUACUCCCCCUUGGGACCCACCAACUCCUUCAGCACUCCUGCAGGAUACCAGGGAAUGUUUCCCAGGCUUCCAGGGCUUCCUUUCCCUGGGUUUCCCCAACGGAUGCCCCCACCAGAGGACGAUAAUGUCCAGGACGAUCCUAAAGUUACUCUUGAGCAUAAAGAACUCUGGGAGCAGUUUCAUAAACAUGGAACUGAGAUGGUUAUCACCAAAUCUGGAAGGCAAAUGUUUCCUCAGAUGAAGUUCAAACUAUCUGGAUUAGACUCUAAAGCAAAAUACAUUCUACUUCUCGACAUUGUGGCCGCCGACGAUUUUAGAUAUAAAUUCCACAACAGCUCCUGGGUUGUGGCCGGGAAGGCGGACCCCGAGAUGCCGAAGAGGAUGUACAUCCACCCCGACAGCCCCGCCACCGGGGAGCAGUGGAUGAAUAAAACUGUUUCCUUCCAUAAACUCAAGCUCACCAACAAUAUAUCAGAUAAACAUGGAUUGGUUGGGUUUUUAUCUGGUCUUCUAGCUCUAGGUUUAUGUUCUAUGUCGUUCUGUGGGACAAAGACAUAUAUUUCUUGUUACAACGAUACUCUGCUUUUCUCUACAACUAAUUAUACCGGAGUAAAAACUAGUACUCAACUAAAGAUAGACCAUAAUCCCUUUGCUAAGGGGUUUAGAGAAAGUGGUGGCUCCAAAACCCAACGAAAAAAGCAACUGCUGGGAUCCGGAGAAACCAUCCAAUCCUACUCUGGGAUUAAACAUGAACGAACCAGUAGUCCAGGGGAGGAGGAGAACAUUGACGUGGUCAACGAUACUGAUAAAGAUUUAGAUGUUGGCAGAACUAUAUCUCGAAGCCCUGUCCAAGAACCGGAGAAUAAAUGGAUGUCUCCAACCAGGAUUAAAGAACAAAAACCUUUCCGUGGUUUUGACAUAUCAUCCCUCAUCAGGAAGGACGAGGACGAGGAACCUAAAUCUCCGGAGAGAAAAUCUCCGGUUCCUAGUCCAACCAGCAGUCCCAGGGUCUCCUACGGACCUCCGGUGGAAAAAUCCUCUAAUCCUUAUUCUAACAUAUUCAACUCUAACUUAUAUCAACAAUACCUCAGUCAGUUAAUUAGCCAACAUUCAUCACAAUCCUUCCCCCCAUCCCUUCCCCCCUUCAACCCUAUGCUCCUUCAAGCCCAGCUAGCUAUGCAUGCAGCCCAGAGCAGUCCAUUCCUUGCCAACUACAACGGUAUUGCAACCUCUGUACUCGCUGAGAGGAUGAAACAAAAUAGAUUUUCUCCUUACCAUUCCGGAUCUCAUAACACAUCUUUAAACACCUCUGUCUCCUCUUCUCUUUCUUCCCCUGGAGCAGGAUCAGCGUUCAUGAGCUUACCUCCUCGAGGUUCAGGAAGUCCUCCUGUUUCUCCUCCUCAUAGUUCAGCUUCUCCUGUCCAAAGUCCCAGUCCUCGAUAUAGUCCUGUUCCUACUCCACCUAAGAAUGACAUUAAGAGUAUAGAAAAUAUGAUUAACGGACUUAACGGGGGAGAAGAGGGAAGAUUUAGCCUGGCGCAUGACUCGAGAAAAUUUAUCUAAAUUUGGAGAAAAAUUGGAAAUUUUCGCGGAUUUCGCAAUUUAGUUGUUCGGGGAUUUUCUAUUUUUCCCACAGAGCAGCGCAGCUCAUAUCAUUCAGAGUUUAGACAUUAGCUUUUUGUGUCAUUAUCAUCUGUGAUAUCAUAUUUGUCAUACUAACCAAAGAUGGAUAAGUUGAGGUUAGAAAUUACUUGUGCAUGGAUAAAAUAUUUCUCAGUCAACAUUUGUCAUGCAGUAAUUAUCCAUUCUGAUCCUGUGUAGUUCUCUCGUUCUUUAAAUCUGAUGUUAAGUUAAAUGAAAGGGUUUGCGUGAGAACUGAAAUGAUUAUAAUGUGAGAUUUCACAUUUUAUUUUCAUUUUUUCUUGUUUUUUUUAAUAAAUUUAUUUAUAUAUUGUGCCCACAUGCAUUCUUGUAUUCCCAGUGUUCGUUUUUUUAACAUGUGUCAUUUCAAUUUAUAUUAAUUAAAUUAUUAAUAAAUUUAAAACAUUAAA